AUCACCUCUGCGGUUGUGCAAUCCCUGCCCUAUAAAUACCGAGGCACUCCCGCCUCUGGCAGCCCCUGGAAGCCUCCAGAAGCCUCAGGAAGCCCGGCCUGCGAGGAGCCUCUCUCCCUUCUCUGGGCAUCCCGGCCCAGCCUGCGGCCGUCAUGAGGCCUCUCUACUUGCUGCUGCUGCUUCUGUGCCUUCUCUUCUCCUACCUGCCCCCAGGUGCUGGCUUCCUUACGGGUAUCGGCCAGAGGUCUGACCAGUACAUCUGUGCCAGGAAAGGAGGCACCUGCAACUUCUCCCCUUGCCCGCUCUUUACCAGGAUCGAUGGCACCUGUUACCGCGGGAAGGCCAAGUGCUGCAUGCCUUGACUCUGAGCUGGGCCCGUUGGAGAGAGUGUGUGGAAGUCCAUUGAGCCCAGUGAAGUAUUUGUAAUCGUUGUUUUAAUAAAAGAAGACUUUUUUUUUUUAAGCAUACCUCUUUCAGACCAAAAUGAAUCUUAUCUCCUGUUGGAAGAAGUUGAG